AUUCAGGCUGGUUUAACACUCCUAAUAAGACUGCUAUUGCUAUAAUGUCAGGGAUCAUCGGCAGCGCAUCGUUAAUAAUUGCGCUAUUGCUGGAAAUUGCUUAUCGAAAGAAGAUGUUCUUCUUCAACCAUGAAGUGCCUGGAAGGAAGCGUGAUAACCUCCGGUCUAUUUCCAAGGUAGAGACAUUUCUAAACAGUUAUGUUGACGAAAUGCAAACCAGAUAUUCGUAUUCCAGCCUCAAGAAGAUCACCAAUAACUUUGCACAUAAGUUGGGUGAAGGAGGGUUUGGCGUGGUUUAUAAAGGAAAGCUUCCGAGCGGUACUCUUGUGGCAGUUAAAAUGCUUGAUCACUCACGGCAAAGCGAGACUCAGUUCAUGACCGAAGUGGCGACUAUUGGAAGGAUUCACCACUUUCAUUUGGUUCGUUUGCUGGGGUAUUGCUUUGAAGGAGUUACUAGUGCACUCGUGUACAAGUACAUGGCAAAUGGAUCUCUUGACAAAUUUAUAUUUGCAGGAAAAGAAAAAGAUCAAGUUCUGAAUUGGAAUCAGUUGUAUUCAAUUGCUUUGGGGGCGGCUCGAGGAAUUGCAUAUCUUCACAAUGGCUGUCACAACCGCAUCAUUCACUUCGACAUAAAACCACACAAUAUAUUAUUGGACAAGGAGUUUAUAGCCAAAGUAGGUGAUUUUGGCCUGGCCAAACUGUGUGGAAGGAGAGACGACCAUGUUUCAAUGACGGCAGCGAGAGGUACACCAGGAUAUGUUGCGCCAGAGGUGUGGUCAAGAAAUUUGGGGCCUGUAACAGACAAAUCAGAUGUUUACAGUUUUGGCAUGAUGUUAUUGGAGAUGGUGGGAGGAAGAAAGAAUAUUGAAGUACAUGUGAGCCGCUCAAGCCAAUUCUAUUUUCCAGAGUGGGCGUUCAAAUUGAUAGAGAAUGGGGAGCUGAGGACAAGGUUGAGAGAGAGAGAGAUAAGUGGAGCAGAUGAGGCGAAGGCAAGGAGUCUGGCAAAAGUGGGUCUGUGGUGUAUUCAGUACAAUUCGACGGACAGACCUUCAAUGAUGAGGGUGCUUCAAAUGUUGGAAGGAGAUGCUGACGACAUCCCAAAUCCUCCGACUCCGUUCAGCGCACGGCCGCCAUCGGCACCAUUCUCGGCCAGUGAAGAAUCGUCCACCAUUGAAAUCGAAACGGCAUAGUAGAUACUACGUUUGGAUAAUUCACCCGUGAGUUGAUUUACAGUCAAUAUUCAAAUGAUUUGAUAGCUAAUUACUGCUCAAGCAUUCAAAAUUAUCUCACGGCGUAUAAUUAGGUUAGGCUUUCUUUUAAGUAGAUUUGUCAGUCCGCAAUGCACCAUCAAACUUGUCUCACGUAUAAAAACAAUUUUAGUCCGUCAGACAAUCAUAUUGAAGUCACCGGAAAGUUGUCUCGCGUCUAAUCUCCGUCUUAAAAAUAUCCUUGAUUGCUUUGCAUAUUGAAAGUGAUAUCACGUCUAAUAUCGCUCAAAAAUAUAUCCUCGAUUGCCUUGUAUAUUGAUUUUAAUGAGUAACAUCGGUCCAAAAAAAUCCUAUAUUACCUUCAUUUAUGUUUUGAUUGGACUCAGGCUCACAUAUAUUGUAUGUAGACAAUAUAAAUUGCACUUAUGUUUUCAGAUUUCUUUUGUCCUUCAAUAAGAUUUUUGCACCAAUGCAUGUGCUGCUCUUGAUAGUCACACUUUCCCUGUCACCGUCCUUGA